UUGGUAAGAAAAUAAAAUUCUCUGAAUUGGCGCGCCUAAUUUGGUGGUCAAAUAAUGACAGGGAACCCUCCAUUUUGUUGAUUUCCCGAGUCCUGUUCUCAUCUCCUCCUUUCUUGUUCUUUUAUUUCCACGAUUCUGGUUUGGCAGGUCCAUUUUUCUAAUUUUUCCAUUUUUUUCUUUUCUCCCAAGAAUUCCAUUUUGCGCGUCUGCCGCUCCGACGCUAGCUGAUUGGCUGAUCCUCAGGUUUAUAAGUGAGGGAAAAGAACAGGCUAAGGUGCGUUUCAAUUUUUGUCACAUCAUUCUAGCCCGUUUUCCUAAGCCUUUUUCCCAGCCAUAGGCGUAUGGCUUUCCUUCCCUAUAAAGCUUUGACUCUAUUUGGGUAGGGCCGGUUGCGAAUGACUCCUCUCAGGCACGGACUGUUUGGUGCCCAUCAAACAUCUGCCAGACAGGAAUCGUAAAUGGAAGACCCCCUUCUUCGUCAAAUCAACUCAUCUCAUAUUAGUCAGGCUUCCACGGUUGUUUGGACUGCUCUUAGGGGUUAUAGAGUGUAUCCAUUCAAUUAUUGAUAACAAAAAUUCACAAACGCAUACAUAUAACAGUUAGCGUCAGGAUUAUUCCAAGUUUCAGGAGUCGGAACUUCGUCCAUGGAUGUACGCACCGGCCAGAACAAUCCACUUCCCCUCAUUAGCUAAGAAGGCUGAACCUUGAUUGGAAGGGGACAGGUGCAUACUCAUUCCAACCGUUGGGUUGGGUUCAGUUAAAAGAAUGACUGGGGAUGAGUUUCAUUGGGUUCAACAGAUCCCACCAAGUUCCAACAACGGGUUUCUUUAUCCGGUCGACCAUGAACUGAGAGGAAUAAAACUCGAGAUGAUCGAAAUUCCUCGCCGUGUACAGAUCUGUAAAGCGGCCGCGAGAUCUCUUUCUAGUCGUCGAACAUGUUAAAGCACGAAUGAGAGGAGAGGCUCCGUCUGGUCCCCAACCCCUAAGCUGGGGGCUUCCCCGGAAAACCUUGGAGGACAGGAGGGAUCGUCUUGGCAGGAAAGAAGCAGGAAGACGCAAGGAAUGGCACAAUGAAUCUGCAGAUGUUAUCAAAAGAGGAAGUUUGGGGUUGGAUACGCGCUGUUGGUCAACUUCAAAUGCAUUUGUUGAAGCCAUCCGUUGUAGAUAUGGUUUCGUCCGUAUGUCAAGUGCUCAUAGAUUCGGUGGAGAUAUGUCUUCAGACGGUCAGGUGAAGGGUUCAUCUUAUCUCGCGGGGCCCUUCUUAAGUGUUAAAUUUUUUUCCCUAAUCGUUUCUCUGGGGUGUUGCACAUAUAUGCGGUUAUUUCAUGUAGUUCCCAUGGGCAAGGAAAGCAUCCCCAACGUCAUCUUCACUGGAUGAUAGCUGGGUGUCGGGAGACAGUGAAGUUGUGCAGAACGGCUGGAGACUACUUUUUAACUCAAAGGUGCGCAUUGUUCCAGGUUACUGCGAUGAUGGCCACCAUCCUUGCGCUGUUCCAUAAUCGGUAAACUCCCAGGGCAUCCGGAAGUAUUUAUUUUAAACCUUAAGCAUUUUGCACCACGCAACAAAUUUUACAAAAGUGGACUUAGUAGAGCCAUUCGGAUCCUACUCUGUAGCAGUUCUGGAGAUCUAUAGCAAUCGUUAGUUUUUCCUAUCGGGCUAUCAGGUCCUCUAUCGUUCCCCAUAACUGUCCACCCGUCACCCCUAAAAGGCGCCUAGACUCUAGGCUCCCCCGCGCCCGGAGUAAGCCUAAUGGUGUACCUAGGUAACACCCAUCGCCACUAAAGAUUCCUGCCAGCGGAGCAGAACCACCAAUUUCGCCGCAGAGCCUCUUCUUCCUCUCAUCCUCCCAUCCAUCUUCAUCCUGUGUUCAACCACAUACCAUACCUCUUCAUCUCUCCAUCUCCACAUCUCCUCGUCUCCUCAUCUCCUCAUCUCCUCAUUUCUCCAUUUCUCCAUUUCUCCAUUUCUCUCUCCCCAUCUUGCCAUCUCGCCAUCUCCAAACUCCAGCUUCAUCUCCAAGUCGCGCUUUUCUCUGCAUCGUCCUCCCUCUUCCUCCAACCCCAUACGCUCUUCCCACCAAUCCGUCCCAAUUUCCGUACCCUCCCUCACGUAACCCCCUUGGAUCGGCCACCUGCCAUCGCGCCAGCCAAUCACAUUCGCUGUGCUGCCAACCCUGCACUCUAGCGGGCGCAGGAGACUGGUAACUGCACCCAGACACACACUUCCAAUCACACUAGCAAGUCUUAGCUGAAGCAGCCAAGCAGCAGCCUGUCCUGCCGUCUCUGCUCCCAGCGCACUUGUCGUACCUUUCUCCGACCUUUUCGAUCUCGGCUCUCGCUCGUCUGGGCUCGAAGCUUGCGCGAUUCCAACAGUGACUGUCACCUCUCCGAAUAAGAGACAAGCCCAUCGAAAAAAUCUUCCGGCGCACCUUAACACUAUUCCGCCAUUAUUAUUCUACCAAUAACAUCGGCACCGUGUCGCCCAUCUUCAAUCACCACCCUCGCGCAUAUUUAUUCGACUUGCUAUUGGAGAUCCAUCUCUCAGAAACCAGUUGUUUUUCUGGCCCUGGGUCAAUCUGGAACCCUUCUACCUUUCUCAGCUCGACGUCCUCUAGCGAUGCGCAGAAGUUCUUAACCUGUUCGUCACACCAAUCCUACGCCGACCAGCCUCCUAUCUCCUUUCUCGCGUCGAGUCUGACCUUCGAUCCUCCUCGAACUCGAUUUAAACAAAUUUCUCGAAUUAUACUACAGCUUCUUACGAUCGCUUCGUAUUGCUACUGUUUAUCAACCGUGAGACCCAUCAAUUUACGCGACCCGCGACACCUUCGCGAGGAUCGUCCUAAAGGAGAAAAGGGGACUUUCGACUUCCUCUCUACGCCAGCACGUUCCUUGCCUUAAGCGUCUUUAUAUCGACCAUGAGCAACGGUCAGUCGAACCAGUCGGACGCAAUGUACAAUAGGCCAACGCUGAAGCGCAACGGCUCCAGUUCUGCCGCAAUUUCCCAUCUCCCAGUCUCCACACCCAACGGCACAUCCAACAUACACAACGCGAGUAUACCCGAACCAUUCUCUCCUGUAUCAUCUCAACCAUCAUCGACCGCUUCCGCAGCUUUUAAUACCAUGCUUCCGCCGAUAGGCCAGCCGUCAUUGCAUCUUGCAGAAAUGGAUGCUGGUGGAAAUGGCAUGCCGAAUAUGAACGGCAUGAGUGGAGCAUAUCCUACUAAAAAUGUUAAUGGCGGCACUGUUGCUGUUCUUUUGCGACGUUUAGCACCAACAUACAGCAACGAGUUGCUGCACGGGCUACUUACAUUUUCCCAACACUUGGUCGAUUACGCUUUCGUUCCGAACGAACAUCCUGAAGACGGCCAGUGUCGCUCUGCGAUCGCACGUUUCGAAACGAGAGCCGCAGCAGAGGAAGUUCGGAACGCUCUCCAUGGCAAACUGAACAGCACGGGUGAAGCUAAUAUGAUCGUUGAAAUUCUUAAUGCUCCAUCUGCCUCCCUUGUGCGCCGCAAUACAAUCGACCAUGCGUCAAGCCGCGCCCUGUCGAACUCCGCGUCUCAAGUUAGCGCUCCGCCGUCCCUAACGCGCCAGACGUCGCUUUUCAAUGGCGCCUUCCAGGCUUUCGAAAGAGCAGGGAAUAAUGAGCUUCCAGCGCCAGACGGAAAUUCUCAACUCACAUCCAUAUUCUCCCCUCAGUCGCCGAUCGAAAAUUCAAUCAGUGAUCGCUCGUACGGCUCCGGCAAAAUGAUGAUCAAACAAGAUCCUGACGAAGAUACCGGCGACUUGUUGAGUGACCCUGUUGGGUAUGCCCGGAACGGACCUUCUAAUCCGGUAGCUUUGCAGCGGCGGUUGACCAACCCACCAGUCCCUCUAUCUCACUUCGCCAGCCUCUCGUUGUCGACAAAUGUUGGUACUCCCAUGCAGCAAUUGGGUGGCACUCGAUCGAAUACGAGUAUUGGGACUCCCACCAGUACAAUGCCACCCGGCCUUUCAUCUACAAUAGUACCAAAUUCUGGAUACAUGCAUGCUUCUCAAUAUCAUCGGGUAAAUUAUCCACCCGUCAACCCAGCCGAUCAGAACCCUCCUUGCAACACCUUGUACGUGGGAAACCUCCCACAUGAUACCUCAGAAGACGAGCUGAAGGCUUUGUUUACCAAACAACGCGGAUACAAGCGACUCUGCUUCCGGAAUAAGCAGAACGGACCCAUGUGCUUCGUCGAAUUUGAAGACAUCUCUUUUGCGACCAAGGCUCUCCAUGAGUUGUACGGAUACCAAUUGUCUAACAGCGUUAAAGGCGGUAUUCGCCUUAGCUUCUCCAAAAACCCUCUCGGGGUCCGCCCAGGCCCACCUCCUGGAAUGAAUGCAGUGCCCAAUGCUAAUGCUGGGAAAUCGACAAAUGGCAACGGAAUGCCACUCUUCGCAACAGCAAACACUUUCCCACCUGGAUUGGGCAUCCCUCCUGGCUUAUUCUCGGGGCUAUUGACCACUGCAUGGAAUCUUGAAGGAAGGAGCGGCUAUUUUAUUGUUCGGGAUUAG